GCACAGUCCCCAAUCCCUUGACGCAGGGAUGGAGAGCUCAAGAGCGCGCUGGGUAACUCGGCUCGAUCCCACACACGGGAGCGGAAGGAUCACCGGGAAGCCAGACAUGAGGAGUGACCGACACCGGGGACACCUCCACCUGCAGCGGGCUGUGAUCUUUCUCGUGGCGCUCACGAUACAACCGCAGGCUGCAUGGGCUGUGGGGAUGUUCGAGCUUCAGAUCCACCACUUCCAGAACCUGCACGGGCUCCUGCAGACCGGAGACUGCUGCGACCUCCAGGCCAGCGGGGGGCAGCGCUGCUCUGCCAGGGACCAAUGUGACACUUUCUUCCAGGCCUGCCUCAAGGAGUACCAGGCCCGGGUCGUCCCAACCGGAGCCUGCACCUUCGGGUCAGGCAGCACAGGGAUCCUGGGUGGAAACUCCCAGUCGCUCCGCCACCGAGGGCACGAUGGAGGAGGAGGAGGAGGAGGAGGAGGCGGAGAUGAUGGGACUAAUGGACACAUUGUCAUUCCCUUCAAAUACGCCUGGCCAAAGUCCUUCUCUCUGGUGUUGGAGGCUCUGGACUACGACAACGACACGUCAGAAUCAGGCCAGUUAAUCGAGCGAGUGCUCCUCUCCUCCAUGUUGAACCCUGGUGACCAGUGGCAGACGUAUCGUCACCAUGGACGGACUCUCAGCCUGGAGUACCAGCUUCGCUUCCGCUGCGACUCCAAUUACUACGGACCUUUCUGCAACAAGCUCUGCCGGGCGCGUGAUGACUUCUUCGGUCACUUCAGCUGCGACCACAGCGGCUCCAAGGUCUGCAUGGACGGCUGGAUGGGGCCAGAGUGCAAAGAAGCGGUGUGCAGGCAGGGGUGUCAUCAGGUUCACGGCUUCUGUACUGUACCUGGAGAAUGCAAGUGUCAUUAUGGCUGGAAGGGCCCUUUGUGUGACCAGUGUGUGACAUUCCCCGGCUGUGUGUACGGGAGCUGCACCGAGCCCUGGCAGUGCGUGUGCGACGUCAACUGGGGAGGACUGCUGUGUGACAAAGAUCUGAACUACUGUGGCACCCACCAGCCCUGUAAGAACGGUGGGACCUGCACCAACACUGAGCCAAAUGAGUACAAGUGUGAGUGCCAGGAAGGUUUCAGAGGACGUAACUGUGACAUUGUCGAACAUGCAUGUUUAUCGUCCCCGUGUAUGAAUGGAGCCACCUGUCUGGAAGACCCAACAGGCUUCAGCUGUGUCUGUACCAACGGCUGGACCGGAAACACCUGCGCUGAUGCGGUGAGGGAGUGUGAUCGGAGCCCUUGUGGACGUGGAGCAACGUGUGAGGAGGCUGCUGGAGGUUACCGGUGCCUCUGCCCGCCUGGAUGGACCGGCAGGACAUGCCAGCUGGACACCAAUGAGUGUGAAAGGAAUAUUUGUGUCCACGCCCGCUCUUGUCGCAACCUGAUUGGUGGAUACCUGUGCGACUGCCUUCAUGGAUGGACGGGUCCUAACUGUGACAUCAGGAACAGCAGCUGUCAGGGUUUGUGUUUGAACGGCGGACGUUGUGAGGACGAGGUGUCAGGGUCCAGAUGCUGGUGUCCACCUGGUUUCUCGGGGAAAUACUGCCAAAAAGGGCCAAGUCCUUGUGACAGCAGCCCCUGUCUGCAUGGAGGGCAGUGUGUGGAGCAGGAUGGAAGGACGGCCACCUGCAACUGUCCCUUGGGAUACUCAGGAUUCUUCUGUGAGAUAGUGUUGGAUCUGUGCAAUCCCAACCCCUGCCAGCAGGGGGUACCCUGUCACAGCACAGAAGGCAGGUACAUGUGUGCCUGUCCCGAGGGUUACUAUGGUAACGAGUGCACGAGCCUGAGAAAUACCUGCAUUGGCCAACACUGUCCAGGAGCCAUGUCUGACACGACUCAUGGGGGCAUCAGCUUCUACAUGAUCCUGGUGGGCGUCUUAGCAUUGGUAACGGUCUGUGCAUGUGGUGCCUGUGCCUUCAUCCUUUCCCACCUCCAUCGAAAGCGGAAAAAGCAGCAGGCUGUCCCACAGGAAGAAGGUAUCAACAACCAGAGGGAGUUUGUCAAUCUCAUCAGAAACGUGGACCGUCCCGUGCCCCUCCUGCCCCCCGCUGCCCCGCUUGCGCAACCUCCAGCCCCUGCCCCUGUCUCACGUUGCUAUGAGGAGAUUGAACUGACCCUGCCGCCUUCACCAGCCCCGUCACACCCUUCACCAGCCCUAAAGCCUGCCCACGCUCCCAAACUCGACAUUUCAAACCGGGACAGGGAGAAAUUGAACCGCUUCCACUACACAGACAACCAGGAACUGGAGGUCUGACCCUUGAACUUUUGGGCAUCUGAGGAGCUUUUUUAAUUUUAUUUUGCGUCCUUCGCACCCUUUUGCUCACAGGGCCCUGUCUCCAGAUACUGCCACUAUAACACAGUUGCAGUUAUGAAAAUAGGGAGACCAAUUGACCUUUAUGUGCUCAGAUGGCUAUUGGCAAACGCCUCAGAGAACAAAGGCUGCUAAGCAGAGGGGUCAAAAGUCUUACUGUGUCGACCUCUUUGAGCCUAUUUUGAUGACUGUGAGAAGCAGCCGGUGCUUGAUGUUUGACCAAAAGACUCUUCAGUCUCUUGAACGAAUCUUGAAUGAAUCCGGAGACUUAAAGACAUACCUUGGAGUGCCUGAGAUACUGUCAAGAAGAAAUAGAGGAUCAUCCUCUGCAGGAGCCUUUCAACAUGUCUCCCGGUCCAUGAUGCCAUCUGAUUGGUGUUCAGACCUCCAUUUCUGUUUCAGACUGAACUCUGACAGACAGAGAGACCAAUGAACAGAUGCUUAUUUAACACUCAGUGUGUUUCUGUGUCUGGUUGUUCGUAAGUAUGUGUGAGAGUGAGAGAGUGUAUAUUAUGAGUGUAUGUGGGGAAAAAGGAAGGACAGAAACAUUUUACUUUAGGAAAAGAAAACAAAGUUGAUAUACUUGUCAAAAUAGAGUGCAUUCUCCUGAACUAAAGGCUUUUAAGUCUUCUGAAAACUGUUUUAAAACUAAACACUGUUGCCUGCAUUGUCUCUGUAAUACUAGUUUGGCAAAGAUGUAUGAUUUUUUAAUACUUGCGUGUAAAAUUGAUUUUUUUUUUGUACAUAAAUAUAUUGUACAUAUUGAUGCCCUUUUUGUACUGUGGUUUGGUCUGAAAGUAUCCCUGUAUUACUUUGCUCUAUUUGUCCCAUUUCGUUUUCCAUUUGGAACAACCAGCA